AUGGCAGAUCAAGAACAAGAAUUGGAGCGAGUAAGCUCAGAACUCGAAGACCUACGAGGAAACAUGGGUCAAGUCAUGGAGAUACUACAGGUCAUCAGGGAAAAGUUAGACACCCAAACGACGAUCGUUUCAGAAAUCGCCGGUCCAUCGAUUGAACCCCAACCUGCAAGGACAGUACCAACCACUUGGCCAGCCUAUGGUUUACCUCCUGGUUUCACAUCUCCAGUUGAAGGCGCCCCUGGUUUUGCACAAUCCACUCAGCAGAUGGCUCCUCUACCAACCAUCAAUGAAAAUCAUCCAGUGGUCUACACGUUCGCACCACCUCUCGGAAGCUUUGAAAAUCUUGAGUUAAUAAGAAAUGUUGGAGUAAAGUGCCCUUUGUUGUGCAAAGAAUUCAUCAUAGAUGCUUGGCAACUCUACUAUGAUCGAUCUAAAGGAGCAGAUGUAGUCCUUCUAAUUGUCGCUGUUUUACCUGAUCUUGACAUCAAGUACAUGGUUAAAAUAUGCAAAUUACUUGGAUUGGCCGCCCUUGUUGAGGUGCACGACAAGAGGGAAUUUGACUGUGUUCUUGGAAUAGAAAGUGUUGAGCUUAUUGGCAUCAACAACCUGCAAAAUGAUAUUGCAGUAAGCCACCAUUAA